AAAGAUUUUUAAUGGCACAACUGAGUAUAAAACUGUGAUUUAUGUAUUGAAAGGUUUGUUAGAGAAUUGAGAUUAGAAUUUUAAAUUUCAUAAACCAAACACACUGUGGAUUGCUCGUCCUGAAUUGUGGGCGGUCCUUCAUACCUCACAUCCAAUCAUAGUAGAGAAAAGCAAUGAAGAGGUGCAUUCUUUGGUUGAUCUUCAUCGACAUAACAGUCAGAGCUCAAACACUGAACACUUGGAUAACUUUACUGAUCAUAUGUAUGAACUUAAACAUCUAUAACAUCAUGAAGACAAUCUCUUUACUCAUCAUUUUCUCCUUAUUCAUCGAAGGCUCUACUGUAUCUGUGUAUGUCUUCAGGUGGGUUUACAGAUGAAGUGUCAGUGAUAGAGGGAGAUUCUGUCACACUUCACACUAAUACUGAAAUACAGAGUAAAGAUAUGAUCGAGUGGUGGUUUGGAGAUAAACAGGAUUUUGUAGCUAGAUUAGAUAAAGAGAGCAAUGAGAUGCUAUAUUCUCAAGAUAAAAGAUUCAGAAACAGACUGAAGCUGAACAAUGAGAAUGGAGAUCUCACCAUCACAAACAUCACAACUGAACACAUGGGACUCUUUAAAGGAGAGAUCACUGGAAAAACGACCACAAGAAAGACGUUCAGUGUCAGUGUGUUUGGUGAUGCAGGUGAAGUGAAGUCAGUGUCAGUGACUGAAGGAGAUUAUGUCACACUUCACACUGAUGUCAUUUAUAUGAAUAAAUAUGAUGUGAUACGCUGGAGGUUUCAACAUGGAGACUCUCCUCUAGCUGUAAUCGACAGAAAGUCUGGAAUCUUCUCUAGACAUGAUGACAGGAGAUUCAAAAACAAACUUCAGUUUGACGUUCAGACGGGAGAUCUCACCAUCAAGAGAAUCAGAUCUGAUCACUCUGGACUCUAUAAAGUAAAUAUCGACAGCAUUAGCAGAACACACACCAUACAGCAGAUAUUCACAGUUACUGUCAGCGGUGCACAGAAGACACUGUCAGUGAUGGAGAGUAGUUCUGUCACUUUAAACACUGAUACUGAAACACAGAGAGAUGAUCAAAUACUGUGGGACUCUGUAUCUGAUGAAACUCGAAUAGCUGCAAUAUAUCAACCAAACAAUAUAUUAAUCACAUACAAUGGCACUGAUGGGAGAUUCAAAGACAGACUGAUGCUGAACAAUCAGACUGGAUCUCUCACCAUCACAAACUUCAGAUCUGAAGACUCUGGACUUUAUCAACUAAAGAUCAGCGGUAGAAGACGAUCCAUUCAGAGGAAAUUUAAUGUAAACGUCACUCUGACACAACAAGGUCUGUUUAUGCUUGUGGCGUCAGGAAUAUUUGGUGUUGUCCUCCUCCUGGUUGUCUCUGUUGCUGCUGUGUAUAUCUAUCGCUGCAGGUUUCCCAAAGCAAGAAGACAACGGGUGAGAGAGGGAGAUGAUGUCCGUCUGAAGACUGAUGUUGGCGAAGUAAAGAGAGAUGAUGUGAUCGAGUGGAGGUUUGUGCCUCAAAAUACAGUCAUAGCUGAAAUCAAGGGAGGAGCACUCAAGACAUAUGAUGGUGAUGAUGAGAGAUUCAAGAACAAACUGAAGAUGACCAAACACACUGGAUCCCUCACCAUCUCAAACAUCACAAGUAAUCUCUCUGGACUUUAUGAACUCAAAAGCAUCAGAGAUGGACAAACUUUCUACAAGAGAUACAGACUGACAGUCACAGACAGGAGAGAUACAGUGGAUAUAUACUGAUAACGUGGCUUUGUUGAAUAGAUGUGGUCAGCAGGAGGGAUAACAUGAAUUAAAACACAUCAGCAUCACGAGUCUUACAUCAACAAUGAAGAACUUCACUUGAUUUUGAAAUUAAUAAUACAUUUUGAGACCAAACUUUAUGCGCUUAGAACUAACUAAACAGAGUAAAUAUAUAUAUAUAUGUAUACAGUAUCUAUAUCUUUGAUUCACAAUAAAUAAAGAGACAUUCAAAUUAAAUGAAAAUAAAUUAAACUAACACACAAAAUUGUAACGGAUCUACACAAACUUAGAUUUUCGUUUAACCUCUAAUGUAAAUAUAUCAGAUUUUAUAUAUGUUACUAAGUGCUGACAGCGUGUAGCUAUUGCAUAUAUAUUUACUGGCUCAUUUUCGAGCCUAAAUAUCUCAGUAAAUACAUUGCAGAGUUAGUUUAGAUUUUAUUAAUAUUUAUUAAUGAUUUUUAAUAAUUAAUGUUUUUAUUUUUAGCUUUUUAGUUUUUAUGUUAAUUUUAUGUUUUGGUAUACGCUUUUGUCUUUUAUCAUUUAUUUGUUCAUUUUUAUUUAAAUAGUUUUUACUCUUAAGAUUUUAGUGCUUUACACGUAUUUCAGUUCAUUUCUGAGGCUUCAUUGUUCAUUUACAUUUUUUGUUUAGUUUGGAUUUUUACAUUAAUUUGUAGACUUAUAUUUUAUUUGUUUUCAAUAAUCAAAAGUGGUUUUAAAUUUGUUAUUUAAUUCAACUAAAAUAACCUUGAUACAUUGGUUUUAUACAGUAAGUAUCCCUAAAAGUGACCGUAGUCCCUAAAAUUAGAUAACUCAUAACUCAUUGUACUUUGUGUAAUCAAAAUUCAGUUCAAUCCGGUGCGAUUUUUUUUUUCUUCUGCAGAACACAAAAGAUCUUUUAAAGAAUAUUGAUAAUCAAACAACACUUUGAUGUGCGUCAAUAAAGCGCAUCUUUGAAAAGUACAUGUUUUGCCACAAGCAUGAGGUUCUUCGUUUAAUCUCAAAGCGCAUGUGCGACUCAUGAGGACAAUGACGUCAUUCUUCACCUGGGGACAUAGUAAUGUAUUCUCUAUUUUAUAUUAUACAAUGUAAAGCCAAAAACAGUUCGUUUUGCUGAUUGUCAAGAAAAUAUAGAAUGCUGUAAGGAUUUUUUACACACAAAGAUUGUAGAGGAUCUGGAGGAUUUCUCAGAAGACCACUGGACAAUUUAUUAGCUCAGAUCAAACAGCUAUCAACAGCUAUCACAAAAGCUGUCAUUUAUUGUUAAGAUAACAUCAUAUUGUAUUAAGAAUAAGGUGAAUGUAAACUUUUAAACUGGCUUACUUUUAUGAAUUUAGACAUAAUUCAGACUUUUUGUUAACAUGUUAUCUGAAAUAACCAGGCCCAUUUUCUUGAAAAGAUUCAAUCUUUAACAGUUUCCAGAUUUGGCAAGGUAUAUUUAAACUCUUGACCACACGUACAGUAUGUUUGUAGUGAUGGAUGUGAUUUGAAUAGUUUGCAAGGCAUUGCAUUUGGUUUUUAUUCACAGUUUGUACAGCAUUUUAUUUUCUCAUUGUAAGCUUAGUGAAUAGUAAGACAUGCGUGUUUAACUUAUUUGACUUUUUGUGCAGAAACUAUCCAAAUGAAAGACAAGAUUGACAAUGCCACUGUUUCCUGUAUUGUUUUGUGAAUUAAUGUAAGUGUUUUAAUAUGCUAAAUAAAUGAAAGAUGGAUCAAC